GAGUCCUGCAAUCACCAACGCGUCCCGAGGUGCUCACCCGGGGAUCCCGGCGGUCAGUCCUGAGGAAGCGGGCGGACUGACCGCCUAGGGCACGGGAAGCCCGGGGCAGGAAGACCCGGGAACCUACCGAGGAGGCGUGGGCCCGUGGCCAGACCCAACAGGGCCAAGUGUCCCGGAGCCGUUACUCUCCCGCCCCUGGGGCGCGCCGCCCUCGGUUGCCAAGGGCUGGGGACGCGCAGGCAUUACCUCUACAAGAAGCAGCCUCUCCUGUCAAAGGCAGAGCGACAGUCAGCCCCCACGACCCGCCGCCGGCAGCGGUCGGCCCUCGGAGACCGCAGCAGAGAGGCCCACACGUUUCCUGGCUGCCUCGGCCCCAGUGGCCGCCUUUUCGACCUCCGCUACGCAGCGCCAACCGCCGCAGCCACCGCCAUCUUAGGAUCUCAUUGUGGUGGGAGAAGAGGGGCGGGGGUACUGCAGAGGGGGCAACGCGCGGCGGGACAUGCGCCGUCUCCUCGGCAACGGCCGCGCGGGGGCGAGAACUCGCCCGGGCGGGAGCCGCAGUGCGAGCUAGACUGGAGUCAUGUGACCCGCCGGAGUCUGUGGUGUCGCUUCUGGCUCUUUAAGCCGAAAACAGAUUACACCAACGAAUCCGCCCCCACCCGCCCAGGAACUAUGUAUCCCAGAAUGCCAACUAGACCCCGCGUUCUAAACGCCUGCCGGCCACAGGUGGAGGACUACAAAUCCCAGCAUGCUGUGCGCUUCCGGCGCUGAUCGCGGAGCGUGGGGUCCUAGGCCUAUGCGGAAGUGCAUUGAUCCCUCAGCCCGUGGAGAAAGAGCGGAGGCGCUGUGCGGUUUUCCGUGGGGGUGUCAGCUCCGGCCCGUGCCGGAAGAAGGAGCGAAGACCGGGAUCGCUUUUUUGCCCCUUCCUCACCCCACAUCCGGUCACGAAGAGGUGGAAACAAAAGGACACUUACAAUGUAGUCCAACCUCCUGAUUUUACAUAUGAGGGGAUUGUUCCACGGAAGUUAAACAAUUUGCCAAACGUCAUUAUGUAUCUACUGAGUGAGAGAAUCAUAAAUAUUGUUGAUAGUUAACGCCACUUUUGGUUAAUGUCUCUUUUCCUUAAAAGAGCCAGAUGAUUUUAAUCCAAACUUAAUUUCAGUAAAUUUUCUCUGAAUUAUCUUUUUAUUUAUACUCUCCUGUUGCAGCUCUAUUAAGAUUAAUAAAUUGGCAGGUCCUCCCUUUAAAAAACAAAAAUCAAUAAAGUCACAAGGCCUUCAAUGUGCCUGACUGGAAAGGGGGUGGAAGUUCCAAAUUGCAGAAUGAUGUUCAAGGAAUUGGGAUAUACCAAGAACACAGAUCACACAUCCGGAGUAAGCAAUGGACGAAAAACAGACUGGCUGAAGUAGAGGAUUUAUAUAUGUAAAUCAACAGGAUUACCUUUCCCUUAAUAAUCUUCAAAAUGUCCACGUGAAGGACAGCAAGAUGUUUAAUGGGAAGACCAAACAUCGUCAGUGCUCAAGUCCAGUAGAUAACAAAGAACAGAAAGAAAACAAAACUUUGGUAUUUUACUGGAAUCUGAGUGAAUAAACAGGGACCACAGGACAAAUGGCAAACAACUGCUUGAGUUACGUAAGAAGGAAAGAAGAAAUGAUGAACCCAGAUUUCCAAUAAGAAACUGUUACACAAUAUGAUUAAUGGAGCUAACAAGUGCCUAUUACACAUUAGAAAAUCUUCUAGAGGAUUUUAAAACAAAAGGAACAACUUGUCCAGAGUGUAAUUGAUGCUUCCAGUUAAAUUUCACAAUUUUGCACCUCAGGGAAUACUUUUGUUUUUCUUAGAGAGCAAAUAAACUGACCAUUUCACCUUGGCAAUUAUUAACCUGCCUUGUUUUUUAUAACUAGGAAAAAUUUGGCUUAUCUCCAUAUUUUAGUUGAGAUGACAUAUUAAUUCAUAUCUUUGUGGGUAAAAUGUUAUUACCCUUAAUACAAAGCAAAGUUUCAGCUGGACUUCGUUUUUACUUAAUCUUCAAUGGAACAUUAUUGAAGUUACAGUACAAAAAUUCUCUGAAUGAACAUAAUAAUAAGUUGUAAAAUAUAUAUAUCUUUAUAAAGAUAUAUUAUUGGAUCUUUCACAAAAAGUCAUACAAGUGGGGAAAAAAGAAAAAUAUCAGAGUAUUGGGAUUUGUCCUUGAAUCUUCUCUUUCAGCUUUCUUUCAGUUAAACCUGUGUCCACAUGUUUGUUUCUGGAUUGAAGCCAGAAUCAACAUUGUCCCUAUUUCUAAUCAAAUAAUGGAGAAAUAAUUACAAAUUCCAAAUGCAGUUACAGGAUCCUGGGAAGCAGAGUGUCUGGAUGGAACCUGAGCUGGGUCUCUGACUCACUUCUGACUUUAGGGUGAAGAUGGAGGGAAUCUGAUAAAGACAUCUUAUAAAUUCAACAGACACAAAAGAAUUUGAUCUCCCAUAAGCAACUGUGAAAUUACAAUAACAGAUCCUGGGAAGUUCUACAAUUCUAAUUCAGUUUUUUCAAGGGGGAACAUGGCAAAGAUGUUCAGUUUCAUCCUUGUUACCACCGCUCUGAUAAUGAGCAGGGAAAUUUCGGCGCUCGAGGACUGUGCCCAGGAGCAGGUGCGGCUCAGAGCCCAGGUGCACCUGCUUGAGACCCGGGUCAAACAGCAACAGGUCAAGAUCAAGCAGCUUUUGCAGGAGAAUGAAGUCCAGUUCCUUGAUAAAGGAGAUGAGAAUACUGUCAUUGAUCUUGGAAGCAAGAGGCAGUAUGCAGAUUGUUCAGAGAUUUUCAAUGAUGGGUAUAAGCUCAGUGGAUUUUACAAAAUCAAACCUCUCCAGAGCCCAGCAGAAUUUUCUGUUUAUUGUGACAUGUCCGAUGGAGGAGGAUGGACUGUAAUUCAGAGACGAUCUGAUGGCAGUGAAAACUUUAACAGAGGAUGGAAAGACUAUGAAAAUGGCUUUGGAAAUUUUGUCCAAAAACAUGGUGAAUAUUGGCUGGGCAAUAAAAAUCUUCACUUCUUGACCACUCAGGAAGACUACACUUUAAAAAUCGACCUUGAAGAUUUUGAAAAAAAUAGCCGUUAUGCACAAUAUAAGAAUUUCAAAGUUGGAGAUGAAAAGAAUUUCUACGAGUUGAAUAUUGGGGAAUAUUCUGGAACAGCUGGAGAUUCCCUUGCGGGGAAUUUUCAUCCUGAGGUGCAGUGGUGGGCUAGUCACCAAAGAAUGAAAUUCAGCACGUGGGACAGAGAUCAUGACAACUAUGAAGGGAACUGCGCAGAAGAAGAUCAGUCUGGCUGGUGGUUUAACAGAUGUCACUCUGCAAACCUGAAUGGUGUAUACUACAGCGGCCCCUACACGGCUAAAACAGACAAUGGGAUUGUCUGGUACACCUGGCAUGGGUGGUGGUAUUCUCUGAAAUCUGUGGUUAUGAAAAUUAGGCCAAAUGAUUUUAUUCCAAAUGUAAUUUAAUUGUUGCUGUUGGCCUUUCGUUUCUGCAAUUCAGCUUUGUUUAAAGUGAUUUGAAAAAUGCUCAUUCUGAACAUAUCCAUGCACAAUCAUGAUAACUGUUGUGAGUACUGCUUUUCAUUAUUCUCACUUGCCUUUGUUACUUAAUGUGCUUUCAGUACCGCAGAUAUGCAAUAUUCACCAAAUAAAUGUAGAUUGUGUUAAUA